CCACAGCGCGGCGUGACUCUGACAUCAUGCGAGAGAGUCAGUCAGUUGUGCUGACAAACAAGGAAAACGAGACCUUUGAGAGGAUCGAUACACAGCUAGGCUCAGGCAGUUAGAUAGCUAGAGAAACUAGUUUUACAUUGAAUUAAAGAGAAAAACAAAGCCUAAGUUAUCAUGGCAUCUCUGUUUAAAAAGAAGACAGUUGACGAUAUCAUUAAAGAGCAGUCCAAAGAGCUGAGAGGCACCCAGAGACAGAUCACCAGAGACAGAGCUGCCCUGGAGAGACAGGAGAAGCAAAUGGAAAUGGAAAUCAAAAAAAUGGCUAAGACUGGAAACCGAGAAGCCUGCAAGAUACUCGCCAAACAGCUCGUACAGCUCAGAAAACAGAAGAACCGAACCUACGCCGUGAGCUCCAAGGUCACGUCCAUGUCCACGCAGACCAAAGUCAUGAACUCUCAGAUGAAGAUGGCUGGAGCCAUGUCUACCACAGCGAAGACUAUGCAGACUGUCAAUAAAAAAUUGGACCCCAAGAAGACAAUACAGACGAUGCAGGACUUCCAGAAGGAGAACUUAAAAAUAGGAAUGACGGAGGACAUGAUCAACGAUACACUGGAUGAGAUUUUUGAUGAAUCGGGUGAUGAGGAAGAAAGCCAGGACAUCGUGAACCAGGUGCUGGAUGAGAUCGGCAUAGAGAUCUCAGGAAAGAUGGUAAGAGCCCCCUCAGCAGGAAAGAUCGUCCCUGGCGCCUCCCCAGCGAAGUCUAAAGUGGCCACCAUCUCAGACGCCGAGAUCGAGAGACAGCUGAAGGCUCUGGGAAUGGACUAAAUCUCUUCACCCUCCACACAUUUGUACCCACUGCCACCAAAGGACUCAGAGUGGGAAAAGAGAGCGUCUAAGUAAUAAAUAAAGGAAGAAUGUCAAUGCCUCUUAUUGGGGUAUGACAGUGAGUCACUGGAGGAGACUCUGUGGUCAGAUAUAUAUACAGCAGAUUUAGACGUUCUGACAAAAUGCUCUUCAAAUCUGCUGCAGAUAUUUAAAGGUUAAGGAUGUCA